CCAAAAAUGUCCGAAGAGGUGGUGGUGUUGAACUUUUGGCCAAGCAUGUUCGGAGCAAGGGUGAUCAUGGCGUUGGAGGAAAAAGAGAUCAAAUUCGAGUACAAGGAAGAAGAUGUCUUUGGUGACAAGACCAAAUUAUUGCUCCAAUCUAACCCGGUGCACGAGAAAAUUCCGGUUCUCAUCCACAACGGUAAACCGGUAUGCGAGUCCAAUAUCAUACUCGAAUAUAUAGACGAGGUCUGGAAAAACGAUAAAAUUCCCCGUCUACUACCUUCUGAUCCUUAUGAGAAGGCAAAGUGUAGAUUUUGGGCUGAUUUAAUCGAUAAAAAGGUUUUUGACGCAGGAAGAAGAACAUGGACGAAGAAAGGCAAAGAACGAGAAGAAGCGAAACGAGAGUUUAUAGACACAUUGAAACUAUUAGAAACAGAGCUUGGGGAAAAGGUCUACUUCGGAGGAAACGAAACUGUUUCAGUGGUCGACUUGGUCCUCAUCUCUUAUUACCCUUGGUUCCACACGUGGGAGACAAUAGGUUGUUUUAGCCUCGAGGACCAUAUUCCGAAGCUAAUGGAUUGGGUCCGUAGAUGUUUAGCCCGACCAGCUAUCUCUAAAUCUCUACCUGACCGGCUCAAGAUUCUUGGUCGAGUCUCUCAGAUAAUAAAGGUCCAUGAGUUCUUCUAUGGUUAUUGAUAUUCCAAUGUUCUCGCUUUUAAAUAAAAUAAUGAUAUGAGUCAGACUCAUAAGUGUGGUGGACCGACGACUUUCAUUUGUGGUGGUGGUGUGAAAAAUAAUAUGUUAUGUUUCAUAGUUAAAUUGAAAUAAGUUUAUUGUCCUUGGGACUCUCUAGUACUUC